CGCAAAAUGUCUAAUCCGCCUCCAGCCCCUCGGGCUCCCUCUCUCCCACCAUCAACCUCCUUCCGAGCAAGGCCAUCCCGUACCCCCACCAGCGGCACCCGCACCCUCACCCGUCGUCCCUCCGUCUCGGGGGUCGCGCUCACCAAUCCUGUUACCGGGACCUCCAAGACUCAGCGAACGUCUAAGACCACCCAGAAGCUCGUCGUCCUCCCCUCCGCCCCGCAAACCAAGCCCCCGCCCCCGGAAGCGGACACAGACGAGGAGCAGCUCCAUGGCUACGAGACCGAUCGCGGCGUACGCGAGCACAAGAGCGCGGGCGAGCGGAUGAGCAAGGAGCAGAGGGAGAAGGCGGGGUUCAGGCGCAUCACCGCGUACUGUCUCGCCGAGGGCUUCCGCAUGAAGCUCCUCGCGAGCUUCCUGAAGCGGGAGCACAACGUGAGGCCUCGCAUAUAUGAUGAGGCGAUGUACGUCAUAUACCACCUGCCCCUUCUGCCAGGCUACACCACAGGGUCCAACAUCCGGUCGUCCGCGCCUGCCUCUUCUCCAGGAGCGGAAGACCCCAGCUCGGGCCUCUCCGAAGUCGAGGAGGACGGCUAUCAAGGCACGUACUUUACGUCCAUCGAGCCCUCGACGACGCCGCCCAUGGAGGGCUUCAUGCCGUCCGCCUCGCCCGAAACGGCCACGCACAUUACCCCCGUGCCCCCGCAAGAAGUCGUUUCAGAGCAACUCCGGGUUUCCGAGACUGAGCCCAUCCUAUUGAGUGCGGAGGACAUACGGCCCGCAAUGUCCAUGCCGACCAGAGACGGCCCGGGGUCGACGCGAUCGCGGGCGGCGAGGCGGCGGCGGACAACGGCGGAGGAGCCGCAGAAUUUCGCGGAGGCGGUCUUCUUCGAGUACGGCGUGGUCGUCUUCUUCGGGUUCAGGGAGGACCAGGAGCUGGGGAUCCUCGAGGACGUCGAGGCGGCGAGCGUCAUGCUCCGCAAGAUCCCGCGCGACGACUGGGAGGUGGAGGAGUGUCACUACGCGCACGACCCGAACAUCGCGUUCCCACGGAUCUACAACGACUUCUUCACGUUCAAGACGCACUCGCACCUCCUCCAGCUCUCGGUCGCGCACGCGCUCGCGCAGUCCACGCUCCUCGCGCGCUACGAGUCCCUUGCCGCGCGGAUCCUCGCGUCCCCGCAGACGCGGUCGAUCCCCGCGCAGCUCGCGUCGACGGGCGUGCUCGCGCUGAAACGCAAGGACGCGCUGAAGCUGACGGGGAAGCUGUUCAAGCUGCGGCGGGACGUGAACCUGGUCAGCAACGUGCUCGACGUCCCGGAGCUGUUCUGGGACGAGGCGAGCCUGAAGGCGCUGUACGACGCGGUGCGGGAGUACAUGGAGAUCGGGCCGAGGGUGCAGGUGCUGAACGAGCGGAUCGCGGUUGCGGAGGAUCUGCUCGGCGCGAUUCACGACCAUUUGAAUAACAAUGCGAUGGACAGGAUAACGUGGAUCAUCAUCUGGCUCAUCGUGGUCGCGUGUCUCGUCGAAGUCGGCGAGGUCAUCGCGCGCCUGGUCGUGCACGCGACGAUGGGCGACUCGGAACCGGCCGCGGCACUCACCGCCGCGCAGGUGUUGAAUAGCAUGUCGCGGGAGGACGCGAUCACAGCCUUGGAGCGAAUCGCGCGGGGGCUUCCGCCCAUGUAGCCAGGCCACUGUGCGAUUCAAUAGUGGUUGAUUGAAGGAUUGGACGGUCCCUAGCGCAUGUACAGCAACCACGUAUAGGCUAAUUAGGGCUCCACCGGGAUCCCGACUAUACAUCCCCAGCAUGCAGUCUCUCUGGGCUCUGUGCG